AGCCCACCUGCGUGCCCUCGUCUCUCCACAUUCUAUCAUAUACUCUCAACCUUCUCUCUCUAUAUAUACUUACCACAUGAACCCAUAAGCUCACAUAUAUACAACCUUCAACUCUCUCGCCGACUUCUCCAUUUCUUCUAAAGAAACCAACUCCAUUCAACACUAUAUCUAUAUAUAGAGAGAGAGAGAAUGUGGAUGAUGGGAUACAACGAGGGAGGUGCAGAUCCCAUGAGCGGCGCCGGAAGAAAACUGAGGCCUCUAAUCCCACGGCUUUCUUCUUCAUCCACCAAACCCACCGAAGUUUUCUCCCUCAGUCCCCAUCUGGGCAACGAGAGCAAGAGAGAGGCGGUGGUCGUGAGCUCUUCGCGGUGGAAUCCGACGCCGGAGCAGCUUAGGGUUCUCGAGGACUUAUACCGGCGAGGGACUCGAACCCCUAGCGCCGAUCAGAUACAGCAGAUAACGUCGCAGCUGCGGCGCUACGGUAAGAUCGAAGGCAAAAACGUUUUCUACUGGUUUCAGAACCACAAGGCUCGUGAGCGUCAGAAACGUCGCCGUCAAAUGGAAUCAUCCUCUGAACACAUUAAUAAUCACGAUCAUGAACAAGAGCACUUGAUGACUAUUGCCCUCAACAACCACGGAUUCGAAAAGAAAGAUUCAGGGUCAAACAGGACAGGUUACGAGGUUGAACAGACCAAGAACUGGAUAUACUCUACACCCUGCACUACACUACCAGAGCAUCAAGAAUCUGUAACGAGAGGGAGGGGGACAAUGGCAGUGAUGGCAGGAGGAGAUUGCAGAGCAGAGAACAGAUGGGUCCAUCUCAAUGGAAGAGGAGAAGACGAUGCAUUAUUGUUGCAGACCGAUCAUCGCAGAAACUUUCUCGGAAGGAAUUCCACGUGGCAGAUGCUGCAUCUGCCACCUGACACCACCCACCAGUACCCUCUCAUUUUGAACUCCACCACUGUUUCAUCCAUUUCCACCAACAACAACGCCGUCUGUUCUUCCUCAUCUGCUAAGACUCCGGUCGCUGUUCCCGUGCUACCAUCUCAUCCGCAAGUGUUUUUCAACGCAAGAAAAAUGAUGAACGCAAAGGAUACUCGUAAUCAUCUCAAGGGUCAAGAACACUAUCAUCAUCAAGAUUGUUGUGGUGAUGGUGAGGAUGAUUCUCAUGACCAGACGCUUCAGCUGUUCCCUCUCAGCAAAGAAGAAGAUUGCAACAAUGGCAAUGAGAAAGAGACAGGGAAGGUGGCAGGAGUGGAACUUAUGAAUGACUUUAGCUGCUUUAGUCCUAUUUACCGUUUCUAUGAGUUUCUUCCAUUGAAGAACUGAUCUGAUUUCUUUCGACCAAGAUGGCCAAAGACUUUAGCUGCUUUAGUCCUAUUUACCGUUUAUCUUGCUAGAUAGAUCAGACAAGGGUACUAUCUAGUUUUAUAAAAAAAAAAGGGUACUAUCUAGGGUUUAUCCUCCGCAUGCUAUAUAUAU